AUGGCAACUCCAAGCUCGUUACAAAAAAACGUUAACAAUAAUUGUGAUAAUGAUAAAGUUGUUUCAAAAAAUAAAUUUCUUAAAAUUGAUAUUCACACUCAUAUACUUCCUAAACAUUGGCCAGACCUAAAGAAAAAAUACGGUUAUGGUGGAUGGAUGCAAUUGGAUCAUUAUGAACAAGCAACCAGAAUGCUUCUUGAUGGAAAAAAUUUCCGUGAAGUUAAGUGUAAUUGUUGGUCUGCUGAUGAAAGAGUACGUGAUUGUAAUAAAACUGGAGUUGAUGUACAGGUUCUUUCUACAGUUCCUGUAAUGUUUUCAUAUUCAGCUAAACCACAACAUACCCUUGAUUUAGCAAGAUAUCUAAAUGAUCAUUUGCAAUCACCUGAAUUGGCCGCACAAGAAUUAAGAAGAUGUAUAAAUGAACUUGGGUUGGUUGGUAUACAAAUCGGUACUCAUAUUAAUGAUUGGAAUCUAGAUGCCCCCGAAUUGGAACCUAUAUGGGAAUCUUGUGAAGAACUUGAGGCUGCAAUUUUUGUUCAUCCAUGGGAUAUGGAAACUAAAGGAAGAAUGGAAAAAUAUUGGUUUCCUUGGCUCAUUGGAAUGCCUUGUGAAACAACCAUAUCAAUUUGUUCAUUGAUUUUUGGUGGUGUUCUUGAACGAUAUCCAAACCUUAAAUUUUCAUUUGCACAUGGUGGUGGUUCUUUUCCUGCAACAAUAGGACGUAUAGUUCAUGGUUUUAAUGUUAGACCAGAUUUAUGUGCCACAAAAAUAAAAAAAAGUCCACUUGAAUACCUUGGUCGUAUUCAAGUAGAUUCACUUGUUCAUGAUGAAGAUACACUUAAAUUUCUAAUUAAAAAGAUAGGGAUAAAUAAAAUAAUGCUUGGUAGUGAUUACCCUUUUCCACUUGGAGAACAUCAUCCUGGUAAAUUAAUUGAAAAUUGUGAAUGGUUAACUGAUGAAGAUAAAGAAAAGUUGUUAAGUGGAAAUGCAUUAAAAUUUCUAGGACUUGAAGGUAAAGAAGAAAUAUUUAGUGGUAGGAAUUAG